GGGAGGGAACGAGAGUGGAAACGGAGAUAGAUGCACAUUUCUAGCACUGAAAAAUAAAGGGAAAAGGUAAUUUAUUUAUUUAUUCUGAUUAGAGCCGAGUUUCAUUCAUCUGAGCGUGAGGUUAUAGAUAGAGAAGGUGUGAGAGAAGACAGAAACGUCGAGACGAAAGUGAAGAUACGCUGCAGUGGAGCUGGAAUAUGGAUGCACAGUCGGAGAGCUGUGAACCACCGCCAUGUGACCCUCAGCCUCCAGGUAAAAUCAGAAAAGCCUUAAAACUGUUCGGGAAGCGGAAGCCUGGGAGCAGUGUCGCUAGCAUCUUCUCCAUGCGAGGGAAAGGAGAUGGAGGCCCUAAAUCACCACCGUCAAGAAGCAAAACCCAGGACGGAUUAAAUGAGCCGACGGCCCCUGAAGCAGAGGCAGAGCAGGUGGAUCUUGACCAGGAGGACGAAAGUCAACAGGAGGAUGCUCCUAUAGAGGAGUUCAUCAGCGGGGACAUGAAUUCACAAACAACCCCCACGAGGCAGUCCAUCUCCUCUCUUACCUCUGCUAAGUCUUUGAGUUUCCUUAAUAUGCUACGCAAAGGCCGGAGGGGAAUGACGGGAGAACGGCAGGCUCAGACUGAGUCUCAAAGGCCCGGGCGGCAACGGAAAGGUCUGAAGGGAUUAUUUGGUACCGUACGAUGGCGUGGAAAAGAAAAAGAGGACGAAGAGGAGGUUCAACCAGGACCUCCCCUUCUUGCUUCCCGUUCCAACAGUGUUGAGAUCAUAAAAGAGAGUCUCACGUUGACACCUGGGCCUCCGCCUCGCUCUGUAGAGGAAACAGAGGAAAAACAUCAGCUCUCUACACCACAAGAGGGCCCAACGUCAUCUGAGGACUCUGCAAAGGUGAGCGGGACAACCAAACCCCCAACAAAUGAACGCUUGAGCACACUGCUUGGAGAUAUCUCAUCAAUUUUGAGCUUCGAUUCACUGACACCAUGUGGAGAUAUUGUAGCAGAUGUUGAGGCAGAAUGGGCCAAAGCUAGCAAUCGAAUGGAGGGAGCACCUAGCACACUAAAAGUGGAUAGUUCUGAGAAGACGUCAUCUUCUGCAACUUCUACCAGAUCAAAACCUAGCCCUUCUCCAACAUCUACUCUCAGCCCCACAAUCUCCUCUAAACCUUCUCCUACUUCAGCAGCUAAACCCACCCCUUCACCUUCCACCACCAAACCUAUCCCUAGCCCUUUGACAAAACCUGCAGGUACCUUAGCCUCCUCUUCGGUGACCCAGAUGUCACCGUCUAUGCCUACUGGCCCUAUUCUCUCAACCCCAACAUCCAGUCCUCUCUACAAACCCACCCCUAUGCCAUCAGCUAUGCCCAUAACCAAACCUACCCCAACCCUUCAAACCACAACAUCUACUCCUCAGAUUAUUAAACCUUCCCCAACCCCUGCAUCUGCCUCCAUUUCACAGCCUAUACCAAGCCCCAAAUCCAAACCUAUAACUUCCCCAGCUCAACCUGCCCCAUCUCCUAAAUCUAGCCCUGAAAUUAAACCUGCCACAAUAUCUAGUGCCAUAACUGCCCCCAUAACCGAACCUACACCCAUUCCUUCUUCCAUCUUCAUACCUACAUCUGAAACCUCCCCACCACCAAUCAUUUCUACCCCUGAAACUGCUGCUGUUACCAAAACUGAACCUGCCCAGAUCCCUGUGGCUAAACCUACCCAAGCCCCAACCCCUGCUUCAAAAUCAGCUCCAAGCAUUACCCAUGAAUCAAAACAAGCUACCUCUGCAACCAAAUACACCCCUUUUCCACCACCAUUUGGAAAACCAGCACCAGCCCCUGCACCGACACCAAGACCAAAAUAUGUGACGACAUUUGGAUUAUCGACAAGCCGUAACACUGCUCCUAUAGCCAAGGCUGAGACAAAACAACCAACAGUGCAGACUUCAAAAUCUUGUACCCAAACUAGCACAACAUCUGUAAGGAAAACCUCCAUUUCUGAAUCAACGGCUCCUGUUGCUAAACCUCCAUCCACUCUUGCCUCAUCACAAUUUGCAACCAUGCCAGCACUUAGUACCAUGAAAUCACCCACAGGUGCCUCCGCACCACACAUUCCUGUCUUGAAGUCGCCUUCGGGUAUUACCCCAUCCUUCAUUUCUUCAAAAAGAGAAGAUGACGGCAGUAUGGAUUUGAGGGAGGCAGUGAAAAGGGGUCCUGCAGUAAAGCCCACAACUCUGAGUAAGAUCCCUGUUAGUGGUGGAGGCAGACCUAAAAUGCAUCCUCGAGAUUCCCAGCCCAAUGGAGAUGAGGACCACUCGAAUCUACCAACACCAGUGCACGAAGAGGAGAGCUCAUUUACUCUCUCACGUGAAAGCAGCAGCAAAGAGGCCCUCAGUGAUGUCUCCACAGAAUCAGGGGCUGUCACUCCAACUCUCUCCCACAGCCAAGAGGAUAUUAUGGAUGGCAAACUUGGUCUCCAGACAUCAGCACGUUCUGGUGCCACAAGCUUAUCCCGGGAGUCUAAGAUCCCAAUUAAACACGGAUCUACUGCAACCUACCAUUCAGUGCAGGGAAGGGGGGAAGCUGCACGUUCCAAGAUCCCCGUCUCCAAAAUGCCCGUUCGUAAGACCAGCAAUAAGCCUGCACCAACAGCUACAGCUGCCGUCCCCCGAAAAUAACUGAUACUCAAAUUCUAUGACAAAACCUUGACACAUUCCACUGGCAGUUUUCUUCAAGAUCUACUUUUUAAUAUUCAAUCAGGCAUCACUGUGCCUGGUUUGAGCCUUUUUACAGGAACAACUGGACUGUUUUCAUUAUUUAAACCAAUUUACACACUGGUGUCAAUCACACCAGUGUUUCUUCUUUCUGUCUUCAUAUCACUCCUGAACAAUCUGACGCUGUGGAUUUAAUUCUGUGCGCCAUCAGGCCCAGACGCACACACAAAGACCCUGUCUAAAUGAUCCCCAUGGCAACCAAACAUGGAAAUUAAAUGGCAGGCACUAAAGCACAAGAGCCCUCACCUGGAAUCCUGAGCCAUGUAGACCUUCUCUGAAAAAACAAGCAAUGCAUCCGUCCAUUAUCUCCGGCACUGUAAUGCUUUAUAAUGGUCUUUUGUGGUAAUUAAAAGCCUCAGAGAAGAAGCAAGCAAUCCAUCAUCGAGUCUUCUGGUUUUCGCCCAGGUCUAAAAACACCGCAGGGGCCAAGUAUCAUCACAAGGUGCUUUUUUCUUAUCUUCCCAGCCUGCCACACACACAAAAAAGGUUUUGUUACAGAGCAAUGGAGGAAUCUUUGUAGCCUUGGCCUUCUUUUUUUAGAUUCUUUUUUGUCUGGUGUCUUUUUCCAACGUUUUUUCCUUUUCAAGUGAACUUCGUGGAUCAAUGUUAGUCUUUUUGGAGCUCCCACGUGUUGUAUGCAAACAAACAGAAUAUCUUACCUGUACAGUUCAUGCCAAGACAGGAUAUUCACAGUCUCUUUUGAAUGUAUGUAGCAGAACGCAUGCCCUACUUUUUCAACCAGACGAGCCAUCUCACUCCUCUCCCGAUGUCCUUUUCUCGCUGUUUUUGUAAACACUGUGUUAAGUCACACAGUGCCUGUCAGCUGUAACAAAUGUGUGUGUAACAUGUCAUCGAAAGAAAAACCAUGAGGCGUAUGGAUCUAACUUUGUGGAUUUUUCUUUCCGCCUGCACUUGAACGUUGUGUGAGACUGCAUUAAAGGACAGUAGAGGUGAUGUUUCGCAGGCAGUUGGUGUUAUAGGUAAGCUAAGACUUUCAUGGAUGACGAGUUUUGGACAGAUAGAUCCUUUUUUAAGUUGCCAUCACAUGCACAUAUUUAAUAGAGGACUAUUUUUGUGUGUAUGAGUGCGUGUAUGACUGGGUGUGAUUAUCUUAAUGUCACAUGUUUCCUAUUUAAUAAAAUGUGAUUAUACCUAGAA